CAGGAAGUUAUGUGAACAAAAAUCUGAGAUUUUGCGGCUUUUUUUUUUAAUGUUAAACUGUAAUCAUGGAAAUUUCCAAAAGAAACUUUAAUUUAGUGCACAUAUUCUUCCGGCCAGAAUACAACUACUUCAAAUAUCAUCCCAUGUCAGAGAUCUCCGAAUGGAUGGUUCAACUUGCAAAACACUACCCUGAUAUUGUAACCAUCGUGGACUAUGGGAAGACCUAUGAGUUUAGGACAAUUAGUAUGCUCAAGAUUGGUGUGGAUACGGGAGCGAAGAAGAAAGCUAUCUGGAUGGACUGUGGUAUUCAUGCCAGGGAGUGGAUUGCUCCGGCCUUCUGCCAGUACUUUGCCAGCCAGAUCUUACAGACAUACAAGACAGACCCAAAAAUUGGAGAGUUGAUUACAAACAUGGAUUUUUACAUCACGCCGGUGCUCAACAUGGACGGUUACAUCUAUUCGUGGAAGGACAACACGACCCGUCUCUGGAGGAAGAACAGAUCACCAGGACCAGCAGGCUGCAACUGCUCCGGAACUGACCUUAACCGCAACUUCAAUGCGAACUGGGGCACUAUCGGGGUGUCAUUUGACUGCUGCAGAGAUGUCUUCUGUGGCAUUGCUCCCGAGUCUGAGCCUGAGGCCCAGGCUGUUACCUACUUUGUUGGAACCAGGAAGGAGGACUUCCUGUGUUUCCUCACCAUCCACUCCUAUGGCCAACUGCUUCUGGUUCCCUACGGACACCCAAACUUCACUGCCGACAACUACAAGGAACUGAUGGAUGUCGGUAAAGGUGCGGCUGAAGCCAUGAAGAAGGUCCACGGGAAAAUCUACAAAGUAGGAACCUCACCAGAUAUAUUAUAUCCCAACUCUGGUUCCUCCAGAGAUUGGGCCCGGUUCCAGGAAAUCCCCUUCUCCUACACCUUCGAGCUGAGAGAUGACGGACAUUAUGGCUUCGAGCUCCCUGAGGAUCAGAUCCAGCCCACCUGUGAGGAGGCCUACAGUGGAGCCCUGCACAUAAUCACCUACGCCCACAACAGGGUUUUUAAUGGCGCUGGGCCGUCCACUUUGCCGACGUUUUGGACUGUGUUGGUCGUGGUAGGAGUCACAUGGAUCAUGUAGGUUUACAUGACAGUCAGGAUAAGAUGUUUAGUUUUUUAUUUCAUUACACCCAUUGCUCAAACUCAUCAUUGAAUAAAUAGUAACUUAAAAUAAAACCAGGAAAGUCUACCAUACAUGAGGAAAAACAAGCAGUUGUUGCUCGCAGUUGCAUUCGGGUGAAUAUUUAAAUCUCAAAGAUUCACAAAACACAUGAUCAGCGUCAUUAUACAAAAGUUUUAACACAACAAUAGGAAGAUUUUUCUUUUUUUUUUUGGGUACAUUGUGUGAAUGUGAAUUGCUGACACACUAUGCUACAAUAUGAGAUAUGAAUAAGAUAUUAUAAUAUUAUACUAACAUAAUAAAUAAAGAAUAUUCAUUCUCACAUGCUCAUACUAGGCCUCAUAACUACAUUUUUGACAAUAUCAUGUGCAGUAUGAGGAAAUGAGGACAAUUU